GAUAUGAGAACUUAUUAAGAACGCUAACAGAAUGUACCAUGUGUAAUUUCAGUCUUGGCAGUAAUUCAGCACUUCUGUGGUAUAUUAUCGUGUUUACCGCGGUAUUUCCGUGUGAUAGAGUCACCGUGACGUCACAGGCAGGUUAUGAGCGCUGUAAUCAGACUCUGUGUUUUUCUGUAGUUGGCAGGUUUUUUAAGAACGCUUGGAAUAAAGAGCCUGUGAUCACAGUUUCCUGCGGAAUCGGGCUUCUAGCUUGUGUUCUGCCGGUUUUGAGCCCUUUAACAAAGUACACAGGAAUGAUGAACCAAGCCAUGCCAUACAAUUAUCCAGUCCCAGUUCGAGACGAUGGGAACAUGCCGGACGUUCCCGCGCAUCCCUGUGACCCGCAGGGGAAGAACCUGGAUUGGCUGAAAAACCUGUGAAAGUCCUUCAGAGUCCUGUACAGUCACUCACCUCUACUUCUGUCCCAAUAAAACAUCUUUAUUUAA